AUGGCUAACUUAUCAUCUUUGAAUGCCCUAGCCAUCGUGGGAUGUCACCUGUUUGGUGAAUUUCCUGUGAGAAUUUUCCAACUACCAAACCUAGAAAUUCUUAGUGUGAGAUACAACCAAGAUCUGACUGGAUAUUUUCCUGAAUUUAAUCGAAGUAGUCCUCUCAUGCUUCUGAAAGUUUCCUUUACUAGGUUUUUCGGGAACAUACCCUCUUCGUUUAGAAACCUUGAUUCACUGCAAGAGUUGGAUGUGGCUCAAUGCAAUUUUUCGGAAGGGUUGGUUCCAUCUUCACUUGGGAAUCUUAGGAAGCUCACUGAUCUAGACAUUUCACUCAACAGAUUUGGAGGUCCGAUUCCUGAUUCCUUGGCAAACCUCACAUCUUUUUCAAAUCUCACAAACCUUCAGAUCCUUUAUCUACAUUCGAAUAGUCUGAGUGUGAAAAGUUUGGAGCGUUUGGACCUUUCUAGAAACAAAAUCCGAGGCCAAGUACCAAAAUGGAUGUGGAACACAACCAUAGAAACUUUGGUAUUGUUGGCCAUUUCUCAAAACUUCAUUUCAGACCAACCUCCACUUUUCCUUCCUUGGGUGAAACUGAUUCUAUACCACAACAUUCUCACUGGUUCUAUCACAUCAUCCCUUGGAACCCAACUUACUUCCUUGAAAUUCACUUCAUACGAGGGAAACCCAGGGUUGUGUGGAGAUCCAUUGCCAAAGAAAUGUGGAAAUCCUAAGGCCCCUCAACUUCCACCUUCAACCGUCGACGAAGGUGAUUCUAGCUCAGAAGGCAUAUUUGAAUUUGAUUGGAAAAUUGUUUCGGCCGGAUGUGGAAGUGGGUUGGUAGUGGGAGUAGUUCUUGCAGAUGUUGUGAUCACAAGGAGGCCCGACUUGUUUCUUAAGUCGUUGGAAUGA